AUGGAGGCACGCAUCUCACACCUCGAGCGGGCAGUCGAGAGCAUGCAAGCCGCGCUUGACACGUUGACUCGCGACCAAGGCAACGAGAGCACACGGUCGCGGUCCGACCACACCUCGCUCGAGACCCGCGUGGCAUUCACCGAGGGCGCCAUCAAAAACGCGUUUGGCUACCACGCGCAUGCGUGGAACGCUAUGUGCCCCGAAGGCAUCCAGCUCCUUUCGGAUGUUGGCACUCAUCGCUUUGGGGCCCUGGAGGCCCUCGAAGCGAUUGUCGGUUGGAUCAUGGCGUCGCCUCCCACCGAAUGGCCAACCACAAGCUGCGUGCGAGAAAUUGUGACGGCGGACCCCAUGUUAAAGAACCGCCGGGCCAUGUACACCAUGGCCCGUAUGGUGUUCAUCCGUUUCCGCAUGGUCUUCGAGACAACAUCGUUUGUUCAAGGCACAUGGGAGUGCUUUAGGGCCGGCGACGAGUGUUGUUACGACCAUCAACUUCUCCAUGGUGAGACGGACAGUGUCCCAGUGCCCGAAGCCGGCGGCGGCGGCGGUGGUGGCCACGACGAUCCCGGUCACGAUGCCGGCGAUGAUGGCGCCGAUGAUGGCGCCGACGAUGGCGCCGAAGACGAUGAAGACGCCGAAGACGAUGAAGACGAUGACGGCGAUGACGGCGAUGACGACGCUGGCAACGAUGACGACGCUGGCAACGAUGACAGCGAGGGCGACCACGAGAGUCAAGGCGGCAAGGGGCCCUCUCGUAUUGACGAUGCCGAGACUGGCGGAUCCACUGCCACGCCGGACAGCCCCGAGACGGAUGAGGACGACUUCUGCUCUUUCGAACCUGGGGCCAACGAGUGGUACCACCAGGACGCGGAACCACCUGCCGGGUCCGAGGCCGCCAGUCUUGCCAGCCUGCCAACGAUGGGAUUCUCUGGCAACGACGCAUACUUUGCUCUCCACAAUCACGCCGGCGAGUUAAAACUUCCCCAAAAAGAGCUUCACUCUGGCCCUAUGCGGACAGGUGUCCCUCCCUCCUCGUCUCCUCGACGUUUAUAG